AUGGCGUCCGAUAACCUGCUGUCCUCAUUGUCGGCAUACGUCACUAUUGUGGCCGUUCCGAUUGCGCUAGCGACCAGCCUUCACGGAGCGCAGCUCGAGCAUGCUCACUUCCACCUUCCGACAAGUCCGAAGAGUCUUACAACCGUCAGAAGGGACCUGUGGAAGGAGUCUCUGACUGAAUUUGAAAGAUGGUCCGCUGCACACCUCCGUGUGGACGCCGAACGGUUACCAGAUCUCCCAUACGAAAGGGGCGCGGUGCUGGGAAAGCGCUCUUACUACCGUCUAAGAAACCCGAAUGUCUGCCCCUAUCCAAGGAGUUCCUUCACAUUGAUCUCCGAGCCGCGGCAAACAGAAUAUCGGACCGGACCACGAACAUCCAAUAUAAGCGGUGCCGUUCUCGAGGUGCAAAUCAUCAAGCCAGAUAUUGUGAUCUUGCAUCUUGAAGGAGCCAUCCAAAAAACUUUCACGAAGGAGUACGUCCAAGGCCUUUUGGGAGGAUACCAACCUCUGCUCGUAGACCCACAGAACGCGAGUGCCUUCAAGUCUGGUGACGAGGCUCGUGGCGGAUGGCGACCGACGCGGGCGUGUCUUUGGCGCUCGAUGGACCGCGUACGACUUAUCCUCGAGAGCAUUCGGGUCAAGGCAUUCAAGGAUGACGCGAACCGGCUCAUUGCACAUUUCAACGGACCACCACGCAUUGAAGGUGAUGAAGAAGAACAACAGCGGUUCCGCGCUGAGUGGCAGCCAUUGCUGCGCUAUAAUCCAGGGCGUGAGCUGGAGAGCAUUCUCCCAAUGUAA